AUGUAUUGGGAGACUGCACUGUGGACAGCCCCUACACCUCAUGCUCCUCCUCGCAACACGCUGGCCGGAGACUCCAGGGAGCAGCGGUGUACAAGCAAAGCACUAUGCUCACAUCAGAGGAGCUCAGCCAUGUAUGUGCAAAUAAAUAGAUUAUUAAUCGUUUCAAGAUCUUCAAGAUCUACCUGCAUGCAAUCCAAAGAACUGCUCUGGUCUUGGUGGAUGGCAAGUGGUAAGUGGAACGUGGAAAGACAGAAAAAAGAAAGAAUGAUUUUGUCAGCAAAGCCAGCUGCUGCUGUGGCAAAUUUAAUUGAUACGGUACUGAUAGUCUUAAAAGUGGAAGAGCUUUUGGUGCUUUUGCCUGCUGGUUUGCUGGGCUAG